AUGAUGACGAUUCUGGCGAUUACUAUUUUCGGUUGGCGAAAUUGCGUGUACGGUCAAGUCAAGUGUGCGACACAGCACAUGACGUACUCGAAAGAGUACACGAAGAACUACAAGAAAAUUGCGCCAGCCAACGUGCAUCUCGCGGACGAUGUCGUGGUGCAAGUGAUUGGAACGGGCGAUAUUGUGAUGUCGAUGACGACACAACGUAGAAUAAAAAAAGAGUAUGUGAACAUCUUCACGUUUGAGCGGGACAGAUGUUUUGCGGAAGCGAAAGGCCUUCGCUGGAAACUUGGAGCUCGUGAAGGCAACGGACUGUUCAAGCUGGGCAUGAAUCCUAUGCAUGUGGACGAGGUUAACAUGAUAAGCCUGUCAACACGCCAUGGGGACACUACGUCGUACCUCUGGCACCUGAGACUAGGUCGUAUUGGCCAUGGUGGUUUAUCUAUCAUUGUCACCAAGGACUAUGGCACUGGUAUCAACUCAACAUCAACACCAGCACUUGGUGAAAAACGCUAUUACGCUAAAUUUAUUGACGAGAAAUCGCACUACUGUGUCGUGUACUCUCUAAGGAAUAAGUUUGUCAAGUUUGCUAACUUUGUCGCGCUAGCCAAAAAUAAGACCAACAAGCGCGUGAAAACACUUCAGUGUGACAAUGCUGGCGAGUACACUUCUGGAGAAAUGACUAAGUUUUGUGCCGAACGCGGCAUAGUCCAGAAGUUUACUCCUCCGUAUACGCCUCAACUCAACGGAGCGGCCGAGCUCGGAUUGGGUGAAGCUGUCACAACUGCUAUGUUUCAUCAAAAUUGUUGCCCGACACGCGCGGUCAAUAACGGCAUGUCUCCAUACAAAGAUCGAACAGGAAAGAAACCGGUAUUGAUGAAUUUGAGGGUCUUUGACUGUCAUGCAUUUGUCCAAGUUCCGAAAGAGAAACGGUCUGAGUUUGACGCUCGCUCCGUUUGCUGUCGAUUUUUGGGCUAUUUGGAUCACGAGUAUGCGUAUCGGCUUGAAGAAAUUGAAGGCGGUCGCGUACUUGUUAGUCGCGAUGUGCAUUUGACGGAAGACGUUUUUGACAGUGGGAGAUGCAAGUACAGCUCAAAAGAAGUCGUUAUUGAACACGAAGAAGUGGAAGAUCAAGACUCAACGCAACCCGACGAUACUGGUAACGAAUAUGAAGAAUUUGUGAAGAAUCAACACUUCAAAAGCAUACCGCAUCAGCAGACUCACUAUACCGGAUAUGGAUUCUAA